AUGUUCCAGCAAAUUACUGACAACGUUGCAGCUUACAGUCUAUUUCCUGAUGAAGACGUCUUUAGAACAAUGGAAGAACAUUAUAUGUAUAAUCAUGGAGUGUGUUUUGUGUUUCUUUCUUCAGCCGUCAAUAUCGCCAGAAGCGGGGAAGCCACGCAGAGUUCUACUUACGUCUCAGGUGUAAGUAGUGUUGCUAGCAAUGCCAUUGAUGGCAGGAAAGAUCAGGACUGGAAUCAUAAUUCCUGUACCGCCACAAAUGAAGACUGGGAACCCUGGUGGAGACUGGACCUGAAACAGAAACAGAGCGUGUAUGUUAUUAAAGUCUAUGCCAGGUCAGACAGAUUUUUGGAACGGUUGAAGGAUCUCGAGGUCCGAAUUGGUGAUUCUCCGGACAAUAACAACCCGCUGUGCGGUACGAUCACCAACUAUAAUAUUAUCACAACAACUUUCUGCUGUAAUGGGUUGGCGGGUCGAUACGUCAGCACGGUGAUCCCGGGGCGCAGUGAAUGCUUGACCCUAUGCGAGGUGGAAGUCUACAAUGGCACCAUGACUGAGAAUGAUGUCUGCUGGUAAACCUCAGAAGUACAGAGCAGAAGGAAUUCUAAAGUUCAUAAAUUGUCAUGUCUAUAGGAAACA